CCUGUUCUGCUGAGGAACCUGUUCUGCUGAGGAACCUGUUCUGCUGAGGAACCUGCUCUGCUGAGGAACCUGCUCUGCUGAAGGACCUGCUCGGCUGAGGACCUGCUCUGCUGAAGAACCCGCUCUGCUGAGGGACCUGCUCUGCUGAAGAACCUGCUCGGCUGAGGGACCUGCUCUGCUGAAGAACCUGCUCGGCUGAGGGACCUGCUCUGCUGAAGAACCUGCUCUGCUGAGGGACCUGCUCUGCUGAGGAACCCGCUCUGCUGAGGGACCUGCUCAUUCUCCAGGACUAUGGCACCACAUCUGAGACAUGGAUUCUCGGUCUCUCUUUCACAGCGCCGGUGUCUCCUCCUCCAUUCUCUCCUUCUCUCCGUCUAUUUCCUGACUGUUGCAGGGUUCAACCUGGAUACCAGCAUGACUCUGACCAAGGAGGGGGAGACCGGCAGCUUUUUUGGAUUCUCUUUAGCGCUUCACCAGCAACUCACACCAGAACCACACAGUUGGAUCCUGGUGGGGGCGCCGCGGGCCAGAGGAUUGGGCAUGAUGCACAGGAAGCGCCCUGGCGCUCUGUACCGCUGUCCAAUCACAGGCGAGGAGUUUGACUGCGAGCGCGUGGACAUCGAUGGAGACGUAAACCUCGACUGGGAAAGCAAGGACAACCAGUGGCUAGGAGUAACAGUCAAGAGCCAGGGGAUUGGAGGAAAGGUGGUGACGUGUGCCCAUCUGUACGAGCUGCGUCAGCGCGUGGGCCUGCCGUCGGAGACGCGGGACCCCAUCGGGCGUUGCUACGUGCUCAGUGAGGACCUGACCGAGAGGGAUGACCUAGAUGGAGGGGAGUGGAAGUUCUGUGAGGGGCGACCCCAGGGACACGAACAGUUUGGCUUCUGUCAGCAGGGUCUGUCUGCCGCCUUCACACCCGACAACCAAUUUAUCAUGUUCGGAGCUCCUGGAACGUACAACUGGAAAGGAGAGAUGCGCGUCCAGCUACUAAACCAGACUUUACUGGAUCUGGGUUUCUAUGACGACGGGCCCUAUGAAGUGGCGGAUGAGAAACAGCUGAAUGCUCAGCUGAUCCCUGUUCCCUACCAUAGUUACCUGGGGCUCUUGUUCAUGGCUAGUCCCGAUGAAGAUGCGCUGGUGUACAAAACUCUGGAGCCACACUCCAACCGGCCCAUGUUUGAGGACGUAGCUCAGAAUAGCUACUUAGGCUUCUCAGUGGACUCUGCUCAAGGCAUAAUGAGUCGUGGUGAGCUGACCUUUGUGGCGGGGGCUCCGAGAGCCAAUCACACGGGGGCGGUGGUGCUGUUGCGUAAAGACAACAUGUACCGCCUGGUGCCACAGCACAUCCUGUGGGGAGAGGAGCUGGCUUCUUCCUUCGGGUACUCUGUGGCUACGGCUGAUCUCAACAGUGACGGUUGGACAGACCUGAUAGUGGGAGCUCCUAACUACUUUGACCGAAAAGCAGAGAUCGGAGGUGCUGUAUACAUCUUUCUCAACCCAUUCGGUAACUGGGAAUAUGCUCAGCCAAUCAGGCUCAAUGGAACCUAUGACUCCAUGUUUGGAUUGACCGUCAACAACGUGGGAGACUUGGACAGGGACGGAUAUGACGACAUUGCUGUGGGGGCUCCGUUCGAUGGGGAUGGCAAAGUGUUCAUCUACCGAGGCUUGUCCUCAGGCAUCGACACCAAGCCUGCACAGAUCCUGGAUGGUGUGGACGAGGGGGUGAAGAGGUUCGGCUACUCCAUCUCAGGAGGUCUGGACAUUGAUGGGAACCUGUACCCUGACCUGGCAGUAGGCUCUCUCGGUGAUAAGCUAGUUCUGUACAGGUCUCGUCCGGUCAUUCACGUGACCCGGGAUGUAUCCAUCGAACCUCAGCAGUAUAUUGACCUGGAGCAACACAACUGCAAGGGGAGAGAUGGAGUGUGUGUGGAGGUCAAAGCCUGCUUCACCUAUACUGCUUACCCAGAGACCUACUCACCAGACAUCACCCUGGUCCUACUCAUCGAGGCUGACACAGAGCGCAGGAAGCUCGGCCUGCCCCACCGUGUUAGCUUCCUGGGUCGCAGUGCACAGGCGGCGGAGUACACACACACUGACGAGGUGGAGCUGAAAGGUCAACGCCAUCCCGCCUGCCAGAGCGCCACCUUCCAACUAAACGAGAAUAUCCGUGAUAAGCUGCGUCCCAUCUCUCUGGCCAUCACCCACACCAUCAGACCCCCCAUGUUCUCCUCAGAAACUAACCCAGAGGAACGAGACACACUACCUCCUGUACUGAGUGUUUCCAGCUCCAACACCCUGCACUCUGAGGUGAAUUUCCUGAGGGAAGGCUGUGGCGAUGAUAAGAUCUGUCAGAGCAACCUGAAGUUGACCUACCAGUUUGGAACCCGACCUUCCACCUCUGACCUCUUCACCCCUCUGCCAAGGGAUGAUGAAGAGGUGGCAGUGUUUUCUCUGUCUGACCAGAGGUCUGUGGUGUUGGAGGUGACUGUCACUAACAUGCCCUCAGACCCUCUGUUCCCAGAGGAGGAUGGAGAUGAUGCCCAUGCUGCCCAGCUACUGGUGACCCUGCCAGACACCCUGUCCUACUCUGGCUUCAGGGGACAACAGGUGGUGUGCCAGGCCAAUCAGAACGGGUCUCAGGCGGAGUGCGAGCUGGGAAACCCCCUGAAGAGAGAUGCUAUACUGAAAUUCUACAUCAUCCUCAGCACGUCUGCUAUCACCAUAGAGACCACGGAACUCACUGUCAACCUCCUGUUGGCUACCAUCAGUGAACAGCGAGACCUGGCCACAGUCACAGCCAUGGCUAAAAUCAUCAUAGAGCUCCCCCUGGCGGUCAGUGUGCUGGCCAGACCACACCAGCUGUUCUUCAGUGGGGCCGUAAAGGGGGAGAGUGCCAUGGAGACCCUGGACGAUGUGGGGAGUGCUGUGGAGUUUGAGUUUACGGUGACCAACACCGGGCCGUCCCUGCAGACUCUAGGCUCCGCCUUCCUCAACAUCAUGUGGCCUUACGAGCUGUCCAAUGGGAAGUGGCUCCUGUACCCCACUGCUCUCCACUUCCAUGGCCAUCCAGAAACACCCUGUACCCCCCACACCUCCCUCAACCCACGCAAGUUCUCCCACAGUUCUCCUUCUGACGACCAGCCACAGGCAGCAGGCCUGAAGGCCAGGAGGAAGGGGCGUUCCAACCCAGAAGAGGAGGGCCAUGUGAUGACCAAGGGCAGUCUGGGAAGGACUACGCCUGCUGUGGCUGCCUCAGAGAGACGCAAGUCACUCAAACUGGACUGUCUGCUGGGUUCAGCGCGCUGUGUGCUGUUCCAGUGUCCUCUCCACAGCUUCGCUGACUCUGCUGUCCUCAAGAUCCAGGGACGCCUUUGGAACAGCACCUUUCUGGAGGAGUUCCCAUCAGUCAGUGCUCUGGAGCUGCUGGUUAGAGCCAACAUCACAGUCAAGUCCAGCAUCAAACACCUGGUGCUGAGGGAUGCUGCUGCACAGCACCUGGUGCUGGCUCUGCUGGUCUGCAUCCUCUGGAAGUGUGGUUUCUUCCGUCGGGUCCAGUAUGAAGACAAAGUUCCUCAGUACCAUGCAGUGAAGAUCCCCCGUCAAGACCGGCCCCAGUUCCAGCAGAAGGCAGGGAUCCUCCAGAAGAAGGAGUGGGCCACACACUGGAGCGACGGAAGCUCCUGAACAGCAUCAACAAACAAGGACUAGAAUAGCAGCAAACACCCAUUCAACCCUAUGGCACUCACUAACUCUGCAGUGGAACAAACGUGUGCAGACUGACCGUGUCACAACACUGUUGUGCGCAUUGAGGCUAUGUCCCGAUUAAUCACCCUUCUUCUGAAGUGUGCACACUUCCCAUCAUGGAUUUAUCAAUGGUGAAAACUUGCUCAAGCCGAUGCUAUUCUACUGUAUUCUACUGUAUUGUACUUUUAGAAUGACUGGAUCAAUAUUCUGAACUGCUACUGCUGACUGACUAUCUGACUGACUAUCUGACUGACUGACUAUCUGACUGACUGACUGACUAUCUGACUGACUAUCUGACUGACUAUCUGACUGACUGGCUGACUAUCUGACUGAC